CGUUCUCUUCAGUCUUCUCUAUGAUUUGCCGCUGCAACUUUUAGCUUUCAGUGCGCUCAAGCAGCUUCUUGUUAGUGGUUGUUGUUUGUCUUUUCUCUUCAGUUAUAUCUAUCAAAACAGGAAACAAUGACAUGAACACGUGGUUUAAUGAAUUUCGUUUUUACUUAUCUAUAAAGUUACUUGAGUUAUUGACAAGUUCUUACUUCUAUUCUUUACAAUUUUUUUUUUCGUUCAUCGAACAAAAAUGAUGACUUUUCGACACAAUUAUAGUGAAACAAGUGAUUGAAAUCUCAAACUGUUUUCCCGAUCAAGCCGAUAUUUCUUUAUCACGAUUGAAAUAUACGGUACUAGAAGCUAAGCGUUGGUGGUGUUGUGAAAAAUUAACUCAAGUGACACAUAGUCUAGCGAAGGAUCGACAAUCUCUCAUGGGAGUUAAGGCAAAAAAGAAACACUAGAGAUGAUGCAGAGUUGCUUGACCGCCCGGUGUAUUUUAUGGGCUUCGAGGACACAUCAGCUUCAACUCCUGUGGGAUGCAAUAAUCACUCAUAGUUAUAAAGUUCUGCACAAUAAGAUGUGGAAUUCUGAUAUUUAAUAUUGUGGAAUGACCGUUCGAUAAUUAAACUAAUUGACUCAUCGACUGCAGUUGGCAUUACAUAAAGUAUAACAGCAAAAGCAGUUCAUUUCAACAACCAAAGGUGAUGUUAAAAUAAAAUUACAUCACCAUUUUAAGCAUUAAUAAAUGUUGAAACCUGAGAAAAAUAAACUCAAAAGCUUUUCAACUGGUGAAAGAGGAAAAUUGUAACGAGGAUUUCAGUGAAAAAUACCACCGAUAAAAUACCAAUUUAAUCCAAGUGUAUAAAAUCUGAAUUUAGUAGACACGUGAGCGUUAGUGUAGGAAGAAGAAGAUGGAAAUGAGAAACACGUUGUGUUUGUGAAAUUGCCAGUGUGAACUCUAGAGAAAUGGCGACAAAGGGAUUACAGGUGAUAGAUGACAAACAAAUACCAGGGACUUUAUAUUUAAAUAACAAGCGAUGGUCGUGGAGGUGAAAGCAUUUUGUGUUAGAAAAUAUGUAAAGACAUUAACAGGUUAAAGACUACAUUGGAUAAUGUUACUGAUGUUAACAAGGUUAAUUAAUCACAUUAUCAUUUUUACGACAACGAUAUUGAAGUUUAGAUGAAGCAUUUUGAAGUUAAUUGGAUAAAUAAACAUUUAUGUGAUAUAUAUAUAUGAAAUAAUGCCGGGUAUCGUGGUAUUUAGACGACGAUGGAGCGUCGGAAGUGACGACCUAGUGGUCCCUGGAGCAUUUCUCUCUAUCGUCCAUAUUAUUUGGAUAACAGUCCUAGGAGUAAUCUUGGGCAUAAUCUCCUGGGAUACAAGUGUUACUUGUGUACUCUUGCUUUGGGAAUAUGUUUUGGCUUAUCUUACCAUUUUUAUCGUAUCUCUGGUGGUUGAAAUCGGAAUAUGCAUUCUAUCUACACGUGGAGGUAUUCUUGAUAUUGAUGCACGAGAUCCUAUUCAGAAUCUUUUAUACAUUAAAUUGGUUUUAUUGCUGGUGGAAGCAGGGUGGCUUUGUGUAGGAGUUACAUGGCUUAAGUUUUACUAUGAAAGUUGUCCUGCAGUUGACCAAGCAAAAGAUGUUAUGUUAGGACUUGUCAUAUCAAACUGGUGCAUUUUGGCAUCAGUAACAAUAACAGUAUGGUGUACUUACGAUGUAGCUGGUAGAUCAUGGGUUAAAAUGAAGAAUUAUCAGAGAAGCAUGAGAGAAGCUGAAACGCGAACUGGUAGAAUGCACUAUAAACGCAGUGGCAGCCGUAAUAGAAACUGGAGACAUCGAAAAGUCAUUCGUGCUUAUCAAGACAGUUGGGACACCAGGUGUAGAUUGCUCUUUUGUUGUAUGGGGAAUUCUGAUAGAAAUCGGAAUUCAUUUGCAGAAAUAGCAAGGCUCCUUAGUGAUUUUUUUCGUGACUUAGACGUUGUUCCGUCAGACGUAGUAGCAGGCCUUGUAUUGUUACGAAAGUUUCAAAAAGUUGAGAGAGAGCUUAUAGUAAAGCAGCGGAAAAAUGAUACAUAUGAAUUUCUGUCUGGUGUACCGAUAACACCAAGAACGAAAUUUUUGUCACUGACAGAAGAUGGAGAUUUGGCGCAUUUUCAAGCAGCCAUUCAUUAUAUGCAUUUUGCCUUAGCAGCUUACGGUUGGCCACUUUUCCUCAUUAACCAAACAACCGGUCUUUGUCAACUAUGCACGAGGCUAAGGUGCUACUGUUUUCCAUGUGUCAAGAAUGAUGAAGAUGUGAUAGUUGUUGAAGACAAUUGUUGUCAAUGUAAUUACGCGGCUCUCAAACGAAUGGUUGAUGUAGGUGAAGUGGAGGUGGUUUAUGCAACAUUCCAUGUGGAUGUAGGAGAAACUCCAUUUUUUGUAGCGAUAGAUUAUACUAGACAAAAGGUUGUCAUCAGUAUACGUGGGACUUUAAGUAUGAAGGACGUUUUGACAGAUUUAAAUGCAGAAGCUGAAGUUUUACCUUUGACACCACCACGUGAAGACUGGCUAGGGCAUAAGGGCAUGGUACAAGCGGCGGAAUAUAUACGUAAGAAAAUAUCUGACGAAGGAAUUAUCUCUAGAGCGUUUAAUAAGAAUCCUGAAAGAGGUACAAAUCACUUUGGAUUGGCACUAGUAGGGCAUUCAUUGGGUGCUGGCACAGCUUCAAUUCUUGCAAUCCUUAUGAGGCAGGAGUAUCCAGAUCUUGUGUGUUUUUCUUAUGCUCCACCGGGUGGUCUCCUCAGCAUGCCAGCACAGCAAUAUACACAGGAAUUCAUUACAUCAGUUGUUGUUGGUAAAGACGUAGUACCAAGGAUAGGAUUGAGACAAAUGGAAAGUUUACGAGCGGAUUUAAUAAAUGCCAUUAAGAGAAGCGUGGAUCCGAAGUGGAAAACUAUCGCGUGCUCUAUUAUGUGCUGUGGAUGUAGCUCAAUACCUACGUCUGCUGCCAUUUUAGAAGCUGGUGGGUGUAUAACUGAUUAUCAAAGAGACAAAGAUCAAGCAAGAGCACAAACUAUUGUACCUAGUGACUCUAGUAUUGCCCUUACGCUACAUACUCCUCUAUAUCCUCCUGGAAGAAUUAUUCAUGUUGUUCGACAUCAUCCUAAUAAGGGAGAGAAAAAAUAUGAAUCCCGAUGGAGACAAUUACUCCAAAAAAGAGAACCAGUAUAUCAAGCAUUAUGGGCAGGUCCUGAGGAUUUCGAUGAAGUUCUCAUAAGUCCUGUGAUGAUUCAGGAUCAUAUGCCUGAUAACAUGCUCAAAGCUCUGAAUAAGGUUGUAACAACUCUGGGACCAGCGAAGCCACAACGAUUGACGUCUGGUCAUGCGUCAUCGGCAGAGGCUUCUGAAGUUCGUGAUCCAACCGAAAUCCAGGAGUUGGAGAUCGAGCAAGAGAUGAGGGCUCUCCUGCCUACAGCCAGUCCAUGCAAGUCACGUUCGUUAACUAUUGGCACUCCGCCACACAGACUGUGUCUCGAGACGAGCUUUACUUCUCUUCAAAGUCCAAUGGAAUUGCCACAGACUGGGCGCGAGUUGAGCGUCGAUUCCAGGGGAUUGCCUUGGGAGUACGUCAGCCUUGCGAGCGAGUUGAUAACUACACCCAGGCACGACGACCAAAAAUUAUUCAACCAUCCACUCAACUGGGAGUACACUCAGCGAAUUGCUCCUCUAGCUACUCCAGAAACUAUGUCAGAAGCAAGUAAUCCACCAUCGCCACUUCCACCAACUAGGCCAAUUAGACGCACACCGAAAAUUCCAGGAAAUCUGUCAACUGCUGCAGAUGAUCUCAAAAGUAAUCUUCACUUUGCAAUGCUGGCAGCUAAAAGUUACCGAGUACGUGAUGAGAUUACCGGUGGAAGUAAUAGCAGCAGUGGAAAUAGUGAAGCUAGCUAUGAUACUGCGAGGAGUCAAAGACCAGGUGGGCUUCCACCACCACCAGUUCCACGACGUAGAGAUUCUGUUAUUAUUAGAAGGGAACAUACCGUGUGUACUGCUGCUUGUUGUAGAGAUGACCUUUCCGAAAACUCUACCCCAUCCUCAGUCCAUUCUACUAGAAUAACUCACAGUAGUCAUCGUGUACAAAUUGACUUUCCUAAUGAAGAAAAUGAUACUAAUGGAUCCAGUAUAGAUCUCUGCGAAGCCAAAGGUUCACUGAGUCAACGAGAUAGCAAUGAUGUGUUCUUGAGUGUAAGAAGUUCUCCCGAGUAUAAAGGGCUCAUGGCACCAGCAUGUAAUCUAGGAAGUGAAUGGAAAAAACCCUUUGAACCCGGCAUUGGAGGAACAUCAGUAGAUACAUCUUUACCGCUUCUUCGCGGCCUUUCACCAACUCCUAGUCAUAUUCAACACACAUCGCCAUUUUUCAACGCAAAAAGAAAGAAAUAUGUGUAUCCAAUAACAUUAGUUGGUCGAGGUGAAAGUAGUGUUUGAGCUGUGCUCUAAAAAAAAUUGAUAAGGUAAAGGGAUUAAUUAAAAUAAUUGCCAUGGGACCACAUUAUAAUUGAAAUGGAAAUUUUUCCGAUGGACAAAAGAGGCCUUAGCUUGCAGCUUAUGCCUAUACCCGUGGCUUC